UGGCUGACGAGUUGACAAGUAGCGGCCGGAGGAGCGCGGCGUCCAGUAGAUGAACAGAGCCGGGAAGUGGAUCGCAGCCUGUCCGCCCAGAGCGCCCCUAUAAGCGGGCAGCGGACCGAGCGACACACCGCCGCCUCCCACCACCAUGCUCCUUCUCCUCACCGGACCGAUCUUCCUUCUCCUCCUACCCGCCUGCCUGGCGACCCUUCCCCGCACCGUCUACUCCAACCACUGGGCUGUGCGGGUCCCGGGAGGACCGGAGGAGGCGGCUCGGCUGGCGGACAAGUACGGCUAUGUGAACCUCGGCAAGAUUGGAAGUCUUGAAGAUUAUUACCACUUUUAUCACAGCAAAACCAUUAAACGGUCCACUUACAGCAGCCGUGGGACGCACAGCUUUUUGCAGAUGGACCCAAGUGUGGAGUGGAUGGAGCAGCAGCAAGUGAAGAAAAGGGUGAAGCGGCAUAUCCGAGCAGAUUCCAGCCUGUACUUUAAUGACCCCAUCUGGUCAAACAUGUGGUAUCUGCAUUGUGGGGAUAAAAGCAGCCGCUGCCGGUCAGAAAUGAACGUUAUGGCAGCUUGGCAGAGAGGAUACACUGGGAAGAAUGUGGUGGUCAGCAUCUUGGAUGAUGGUGUGGAAAAAAGUCACCCAGAUCUCGUUCACAAUUAUGAUCCAUACGCCAGCCAUGAUGUCAAUGGGGAUGACCAAGAUCCAAGUCCACGCUAUGAUGCCAGCAAUGAAAAUAAACAUGGCACUCGCUGUGCUGGUGAAGUGGCUGCGUCUGCCAAUAACUCCUACUGUAUUGUGGGCAUCGCGUACAAUGCCAGGAUUGGCGGAAUUCGCAUGCUAGAUGGGGACGUAACGGAUGUUGUUGAAGCAAAGUCCCUUGGCAUCCGACCUGACUACAUUGACAUCUACAGUGCAAGCUGGGGCCCCGAUGAUGAUGGGAAAACUGUGGAUGGGCCUGGUCCUCUGGCCAAAAAAGCCUUUGAAGAAGGCAUUAAAAAGGGUCGUAAAGGGCUUGGUUCGAUCUUUGUCUGGGCAUCCGGUAACGGUGGUAGAGAAGGAGAUUACUGCUCCUGUGAUGGGUAUACCAACAGUGUCUACACCAUUUCCAUUAGCAGCACCACAGAGAAUGGUUACAAGCCUUGGUACUUGGAAGAGUGUGCCUCCACCCUUGCUACAACGUACAGCAGUGGAGCCUUCUACGAGAGGAAGAUAGUUACGACGGAUCUGAGACAGCGAUGUGCGGAUGAUCACACCGGGACUUCGGUUUCUGCUCCUAUGGUUGCUGGUGUUGUUGCUCUGGCACUGGAAGCUAACCCAAUGCUGAACUGGAGAGACGUCCAACAUCUCCUGGUGAAGACGUCACGAUCUGUCCACCUCCGGGCCCCCGACUGGAGAACAAAUGGAGCCGGGCGCAAAGUCAGCCAUCUUUAUGGCUUUGGAUUGGUGGAUGCCGAAGCUAUGGUCGUUGAAGCCAAGAAAUGGAAAUCCGUGCCAUCACAACAUGUCUGUAUAGGAGCCUCAGACCGAAGGCCAAGGUUCAUCAGAGCUGAUCAGCUGAUUCGCACUACAACCCAGACCAGUGCGUGCGCAGAUAACAGUGCGCAACAUGUGGCAUACUUGGAGCAUGUUGUUGUCAGAGUCACCAUAUCUCAUCCACGAAGAGGAGACCUGCAAAUCAGCCUCAUUUCUCCAUCGGGGACAAAGUCCCAGCUGUUAGCGAGAAGGACAUUUGAUUACUCCAAUGAAGGAUUUAAGAACUGGGAGUUUAUGACCGUCCAUUGCUGGGGAGAAAAAGCCGAAGGUGAAUGGAUGCUGGAAAUUCAUGAUAUACCAUCCCAGUUGCGCAAUCCGGAGACUCAAGGGAAGCUGAAAGAAUGGACACUGAUUCUUUAUGGCACAGCUGAGCACCCGUACAAUGCGAUCGGUUUUCAUCACUCAAGGUCCAAAGCCCUGGACUUAUCUGCAGCUGAUCAGGAGCCUUCGAAAUCUGGCAUCUUCCAGAACCCCCUGGAAUUUGAGGAAGACGACGAGUAUUCAGGUCCGUGCCACACCGAGUGCGGGGACAGAGGAUGCGACGGGCCCGGCGCUGAUCAGUGUCUCAGCUGUGUUCACUAUAGUCUUGGCAGUGUCAAAUCCGGCAGGAAAUGUGUGAGUACCUGUCCGUCUGGGUUCAUGACAGACGUGGCUGGCAGAAGGUGCAGGCGUUGCCAUAGAGGGUGUGAAACCUGCUUUGGAAGAGGUCAGAACCAGUGCAGUUCCUGUAAGAGAGGCUUCUACCUUCAGCCGGAGAGCAGUUCCUGUACGACCACAUGUGCAGCAGGAGCAUACGCCGAUGAAAGUCUCAGACGAUGCCUGAAAUGUCACCAGAAUUGCAAGAAAUGUCUCGGUUAUCCUGAUAAGUGCGUUGUCUGCAGAGAAGGCUUCAGCCUUUCAGGUUCGGUGUGUACACCUGACUGUGAGCCAGCGACCUUCUACAACCCGGUCUUCAUGAAAUGUGAGAAAUGUCAUUCAACCUGCCAUUCGUGUGUGGGAACUGGGAAGGACCAGUGUACUCAAUGCUCCAAAGAUCACCAUCUUCACGACUGGCGCUGUUUACCAAUGUGCAGCCUGGGCUUUUACUCAGAAGACAUUCCUGGGCUGCCUCACAAAGUUUGCCGGAGAUGUGAAGAUAACUGUCUGAUGUGUGAAGCCACAGGCAAGAAUUGUGUCCGGUGCAAAGAGGGUUACAGUCUGCUCAGUGGAUCUUGCGUUACGAAUCAUACAUGUAACAAUGCGGACGAGAUGUUCUGCGAGAUGGUGAAGUCCAGCAAGCUCUGUGAGCGGAAGCUCUUCAUUCAGUUUUGUUGCCGGACGUGUAUGCUAGCAGGCUGACCAUGUUUUUUUGAGAAGUGCCAUCACCUGCUCAACAUGGAGGGGACCGGUGCCAGUGGAGUCCAGAUCGUCCCACUUCUGGCUAUGGUGCUAUCUUAAUGGCAUUGAUCCAUUUCAUGCCAAAACUUGACAGGCAGUGGAUGAUUUUCAAGGAUUUCUGCUUGACAUAACCUGUAACGUACUGCAUUGCUAAAUAUGCUCCACAAAAGAGGUUCAUGGAGCUGGACCAGACUUCAGGCUGCAUUCUGGAUUUGAUCUCCAUCAAUUCAAAGCUAGAGCUUUCGUUUUUUAUUUUCUAUUUUGGCCAUGGCUUCAAACACUCGUCUAUUUCCAUCAUCUUGUCCUUCAUUAUAUUCUUUGUGACCAUGGAUACUAUGAUAUGCAGACACAAGAGGGCUGCAUCAUAUGGACUUGGGUUGGAAAUACUGGGGUCCACUACUGUGCAUGUUAAUGAAAAAAAACUAUCUCAUAAGAGGUCUUUGAGGAUCACCCAGGAAUCCAUGGUGAUACAGAAGACUUUUCUUGAAAGAAGGGUUUGGAGAUCACCCAGGAAUCAAUGGUGAUACAGAAGACUUUUCUUAAAAGAGGUCUUUGGGCAUCACCCAGGAAUCCAUGCUGAUAUGGAACACCCUUCAUAAGAGGUCUUUGGGGAUCACCCAGGAAUCCAUGGUGAUACAGAAGACUUUACUUAAGAGGGCUUUGGGGAUCACCCAAAAAUCCAUGGUGAUACAGUAGACCUUUCAUAAACUAGGUUUUUGGAAAUCACCCUGGAAUCCAUGGGGAUACAGAAAACCCUUCAUAAAAGAGGUCUUUGGGGAUCACCCAGGAUUCCAUGGUGAUACAGAAAACCCUUCAUAAAAGAGGUCUUUGGGGAUCACCCAGGAUUCCAUGGUGAUACAGAAGACCUUUCAUAAAAGGGCUUUGGGGAUCGCCCAAUCCAUGGUGAUAAAGAUAACCUCUUAUAAUAGAGGUCUUUGGGGAUCACCCAAUAAUCCAUGUUGAUGCAGAAGACCUUUUAUAAUAGAGGUCUUUGGGGAUCACUCAAUAAUCCAUGGUGAUAAAGAUAACCUUUUAUAAUAGAGGUCUUUGGGGAUCACCCAAUAAUCCAUGUUGAUGCAGAAGACCUUUUAUAAUAGAGGUCUUUGGUGAUCACCCAAUAAUCCAUGGUGAUACAGAUGACCUUUUAUAAUAGAUGUCUUUGGUGAUCACCCAAUAAUCCAUGGUGAUACAGGAAGAUCUUUUAUAAAUUAGGACUUUGGUGAUCACUUGGUACAGAAGACCUUUCAUAGAUGAGAGGGUUUUGGGAUCACCCAAUAAUCCAUGGUGAUACAGAUAACCUUUCAUAAAGUAGGUUUUUGAUGAUCACCCAGGAAUCUAUGGCAGAACAGAAGACCUCUCAUAACAGAGGGCUUUGGGGGUCACCCAAGAAUCCAUGCUGAUACAGAAGACCUCUCAUAAAAGGGUUCAUAGUCCCUGAUCUGUUUGCUAAAGUGAGCUGUUGGUGAAAGGUAUCAGUUGACUGGUCAAGUGGCAGAUAUUAUACAACACAGGCUGACUUUUAUACAUAACACAAGUCACUAAGCACUGCUUCAAUCCGUUUCUUUUCUUCUCACAAUUUAACCUAAAGCUAUUAUUUUGUACACUUUUAUAUCCGAUCACAGGGGUGUUAGGUAAAGACUAAAUUGUCUACAGUA